AGACCGGAGCAGAGACCGCCGUGAAGCGGCGUGUGCGCGCGUCUGUCCCGGUAACGAAGGUGCCGGGCUGAGGAUCGAUAAUCGUAUCGGAACCUUUUAUUACUUAUUCAUCUUUUAGUUUACCUUGAAGUCAAAAAGAGACGCGGAGGACAACCAUCAGCUCCUCGGGAGGUGAAAAGCUGCCGAUGAGCGAGCUGCGUUUCCAUGGCGGCCCACCGCAUCAUCAGAGUGACGAGCAACAACCACAUCCUCCCGCGCUGCAAGUCCGAGGGGACGCUCAUCGACCUCAGCGAAGGGGUCACGGGAGCCAGUCUCACCGAUGUCAAAGUGCCUUCACCGAGUGCCUUGAGGCUGGACACGUCAGCCUCCUAUGGAGCCGCGCAGGAAGUGGUUGCCAUAAAGGAUUAUUGCCCCAGCAGCUUCACCACGCUGAAGUUCGCCAAAGGCGAUCGCCUCUAUGUGUUGGACACGUCGGGAGGAGAGUGGUGGUACGCCCACAACAACACGGAGAUGGGCUACAUCCCAGCCGCCUAUGUCCAGCCACUCAACUUCAGGAACUCCUCGCUUAGCGACAGUGGGAUGAUUUACAGUCUCGGGGAAGGAUAUGAGGAUGGGUCGAAGGAGUUUGGAGGUUUGGGGGAGUGGACAGGGAUGACCCUGAAGCCCUCAUCAAUUUACAACAACUUCUCUGUGAACCCCUUUAUGCGUCCAUUAGAUCAAAACUGCAAAGAUUUGAGUGUGAGGAACUCAGCAGACCUCAUUCUGUUUGAUGCAUUGGCAUCUCCAUCGUCUUGCUCAAACUUGAACCCCAGCACAACCAUGACUAAUGGAUUCAGCAGCUGCCACAUUAACAAUACCACCCCAACGAGCCCAAACCGAGAGGUUGCACCCAACCUCCAUAGGGAUAACCUGUUUUUCAGGAGUAAACGUUCCCAUAGUCUCUCAGAACUGUCGGUACUGCAGGCGCAGUCGAAUACAACGUUACCUUCUUCAGGGUUCUUCACAGGCCUUAAGGCUCCUUCACCGGAGCAGUUUCAGAGUAGGGAGGACUUCAGGACUGCGUGGUUGAACCACAGAAAGAUGGCCAGGUCUUGCCAUGACCUUGACUCCCUGGGCCAGAGUCCUGGAUGGGGCCAAACGCAGCCGGUGGAGACCAACAUCGUAUGCAGGUUGGACAGUAACGGAGGCGUCGUUCAGCUCCCGGACACCCAAAUCAGCAUCCACAUCCCCGAGGGCCACGUCAGUCAAGGAGACAACCAGCAGAUCUCCAUGAAAGCCUUACUAGACCCUCCUCUGGAGCUCAACGGGGACCACUGCUCCACUGUCAGCCCCGUGUUGGAGAUCAAGCUGAGCAACAUGGAGACCAAGUCCUUCAUCACGUUGGAGAUGAAUGUGUUGGUGGCUGUCAAGAAGGACAGUUGUCACACCGCGGAGGUGCUUUGUGUUCGAAGUGACUGCAGAGAAGGGCCUUACACGCCCAUCCCUAAUGCUUACCUCUACAAUGAUACAAUCCAGGUGCAGCUGGAUAGUCUAGAGCCCUGUAUGUAUGUGGCUGUCGUGGUUAAGUCUCAGUACAUCAUCCACAAUACCACCGUUUGGGACCAUGUGCAGAGGAAAGUAACUCUGGGUGUCUAUGGGCCCAAGCACAUCCACCCUUCCUUCAAGACCGUUGUGGCCCUGUUUGGGCACGGCUGCGCCCCGAAUAACUUGUUGGUUAACGAGGUGGGCCGACAGGCCAGCUCCAGCCCGCCGGUGACCCUGCAGCUGUGGGGGAAGCACCAGUUUGCGCUGGGGUACCCUCAGGACCUCCAGGUGGGUUUGUACUCCAACAUGUCCAACUACCAAGUGAGGGCGAACGAGGGUGCGGGGGUGAUUCGGGGAUUUCAGGUCAAACUGGGGAAAGUCAGCCGGCUCCUGUACAUGAUCACAUCGCACAACCCCGACAGCAUCUCAGACUUCACUCUCAGGGUCCAAGUCAAGGACGCCCUGGACUGCAUCCUCACCCAGUUCUGCGUCCAAACGCCGCCACCGCCGCCAACGACCGGAGCGAGGAUGACGGGCCAGAGGAGGUUCCUGAAAAAGAAAGAGGUGGAUAAGAUCGUCCUCUCACCGCUGGCCGUCACUUCCAAAUACCCAAAGUUUCAGGAUCGGGGCAUCACCAACCUUAAAUUCGGCAAGUUGAUCAAAACGGUGAUGAGGCAGCACAAGAGCACUUAUCUGUUGGAGUACAAGAAGGGGGAUGUUAUCGCUUUGCUCAGCGAGGAGAGAAUCAAACUGCGAGGUCAGCUGCGGACCAAAGAGUGGUACAUUGGAUACUAUCAGGGGAGGCUGGGCCUCGUCCACGCCAAGAACGUUUUAGUUCUGGGGAAGGUCAAGCCCAUUUAUUGGUGUGGGCCGGACCUCACGACCACGAUGCUGCUGGAGCAGAUCCUGAAGCCGUGCAAAUUUCUCACGUACAUCUACGCGACAGUGAGGACGGUUUUAAUGGAGAACGUGGGCAACUGGAGGGCGUUCGCCGACGCCCUGGGGAACGGGAAUUUGCCGCUGAAUUACUUUUGCCGGACCGAGCUGGACAACGAGCCGGAGAAGGUGGCGUCGGUUCUGGAGAAACUCAAAGAGGAGUGUACUAACAUGGAGAACAAGGAGAGGAAGUCCUUCCAGAGGGAACUCAUGAUGGCGCUGCUGAAGAUGGACUGCCAGGGUCUGGUGGCCCGGCUGGUCCUGGACUUCAUCCUGCUGACCACGGCGGUGGAGGUGGCGUUCAGGUGGAGGGAGCUGGCUGAGAAGCUGGCCCGCGUGUCCAGACAGCAGAUGGAGGCCUACGAGGCUCCGCACCGCGACAAGAAUGGCCUGCUGGACCAUGAGUCCAUGUGGAAGCCGGCCUACGACUUCCUCCUGACGUGGGCCGCCCACGUCGGGGACAGCUACCGGGACGUGAUCCAGGAGCUCCACCUGGGCCUGGACAAGAUGAGGAACCCCAUCACCAAGAGGUGGAAGCACCUGACCGGCACGCUGAUCCUCGUCAACUGCCUGGACCCUCUGCGCGGCGCCGCCUUCUGCCCCACCGGGUACGGGGACUUCGCCGUGUGAGCGACCUUUGACCGUCUAAAGGUCAAAGGUCAGAUGCUCAGACUUGCACGUCUUCAAUCGCCGGAUGUAGAAACGUCCACGUGGACCUGGAGGAUCCGCCUCGUGUGUGUCUUCUUUAAUUACAGACGAAUAUAUACACAUCUUUAAUUACAGACGUAUUUAAAUGUCUUUAAUUAAAGACAUUUAAAUGCGCCUUUCAUACGUCUGUUUAUGGACUUCUAUUUUUAUACCUGCAGAACAAUCAACAGUGUUAUUCUUUCUUUUUGAGUGCAUUUCCAUCAUGUUUAUGAAAUCUCACAUUUAUUAUAAGAGCAUCUGCAUUUUCCAAAUUUAAAGACUGUUGCACAAACAAAUGUUUUCAUCCAAGAUGAUGAAGAUGCAUAACAAUAAAGUGCAGCAUAAAUAUAAUAAAUCUUCUCGUGGUACAUUUUACUGGAAGAUUAUUAUUAAAUUAAAGGCAAAAAAAUGACUUGAAACUGGGAAAAAAUGUCACCUUUUGGUUAAAUGUAUCAAUCAGCUGUGAUGCUUUUAUUGUUUCAUUUAUUGUUUCUUUUAUUUUUUCAUUUAUUUUUUCUUUUAUUGUUUUAUUGUUUCAUUUUGUUAUUGUUUAAUUGUUUCUAUUAUUGUUUAUUUUAUUUUUUUAUGGUUUCAUUUGUUAUUGUUUCAUUUAUUGUCUCAUUGUUUCUUUUAUUGUGUUUGUUGCUGUUUGGUUUCAAUAUGUUUCGAGUUUAUAUAUUUAUAUACGUUCUGUUUCUGUUCAGGAGGUUUUAAUAAAACAGAACAUUGAAAAUGUGAUUUUCAUCAACGUAUGUUUGGAUAUUAAAACACUUUAA